GCGUGGAAAUGGCAAGGAAACGUGGGGGCGAGACGGUCGCCAAUUCCACGCGAACCGAGUUGCUCCGGAAUCGGAAUCGGCAACGGCGAGGCUUUUAAAUAGUCGGCCCCGAAUCUUUUACUUUGUUCCUUCACAUACGCCGUUUUUUUUACAUAUAAUUUUUGGCUGGGGGCUUGCCUUCCUUUAUUUCCACCACCAUCUUUUCUUCCUUUCUUUCUCAAAAAUUUCGGUCAUGAAUUCGUAACGGCGGCCGAGAGUCCGAGUUGCAGGACGCUGCAGAUCUUCAUAUUUGUUUGGAGUCCUUGAUCGGGUCUAUAGCUUCCAUUCUCAUCCGAUCCAGUAAAAUGUUUGAGAACCUGCUGCUUUUUGAAGAACUAGCAAUUAUGAGCUUUUGAACAAUGCGGAACAGCUUCCAGCUUCAAGAAUCUGUCUGUCUUUGCGAUUUUAAACUUUCAAAAUCAUGGCAAAGCUUGGUUCCAUCGGCCGCAGGGCUUGCAGUGGACUUGUCAGGAAAAAAAAUGAGACUAUGAGUCUCAUCAUAACAACGACCAUAGGAGUUGCGGUGGGCUUUUUGAUCGGAAUUUCCUUCCCUACAUUAAACCCAACAAAGCUCCGCUUUCCUUCUAGCAAUAUUUCAUGCAUUGAAGACAGAAACACAGGCCUCAUGUUGUUGAACCAUGCUUUGACAUCUCGAAAUCACAAUGGAAACAAUUCAAAGGAUUUUAAUGAUACCUUAAAGAUUUAUGUUCCAACAAAACCUCGAGGUGUAGAAAGACUGCCACCAGGCAUCAUUGUUUCAGAAUCAGAUUUUUAUCUUCGUAGAUUAUGGGGGAACCCUGAUGAGGACUUAACAAUCAAGCAGAAGUACCUUGUAGCAUUCACAGUUGGAUAUGACCAGAAAAAAAUGAUUGAUGCAGCAGUCAAAAAGUUUUCUGAAAAUUUUACAAUAUUACUGUUCCAUUAUGAUGCAACAAGUGAAUGGGAUGAAUUUGAAUGGUCAAAACGGGCUAUUCAUGUGAGUGCCAGGAAGCAGACUAAAUGGUGGUAUGCAAAACGAUUUUUGCACCCUGACAUUGUGGCUCCAUAUGACUACAUAUUUAUCUGGGAUGAAGACCUAGGAGUAGAGCAUUUUAAUGCAGAAGAGUACAUUAAACUGGUAAAGAAACAUGGGUUGGAAAUUUCGCAGCCUGGUUUAUUACAAAACACAGGAUUUAUAACCUGGCAAAUGGCCAGAAGGAGAGAGGACAGUGAGGUCCACAAAGAAACAGAGGAGAGACCAGGCCAGUGUCCUGAUCCUCGUCUUCCACCAUGUGCUGCGUUUGUGGAGAUUAUGGCACCUGUCUUUUCCCGAGAUGCAUGGCGCUGUGUGUGGCAUAUGAUUCAGAAUGACUUGGUCCAUGGAUGGGGUAUCGAUUUUGCUCUUAGAAAAUGUGUGGAGCCUGCUCAUGAGAAAAUAGGAGUGGUAGAUUCUCAGUGGAUUGUUCAUCAAGUGGUUCCUUCACUUGGGAACCAGGGCCAGGCUGCAAAUGGCAAACCACCAUGGCAAGGGGUGAGAGAGCGGUGCCGAAAAGAGUGGUGGAUGUUCCAAAAACGAAUGGCAGAUGCAGAGAUUGCAUAUUGCAAGGCGAUGGGGAUUCCUCCCCCCAACAUGAUCGCUUUUAGACAGUAGUGUGUUGAUUUUCUGUCAUUAAAUUGGACAAUAGUUAUAUGUGGAGAUUGAUAUCAUGGAGAAUAGAGAUGUUUUUCUUUUUUUUAUAUAUAUUAAUAUUAAUUUUACUCCCUUUUUUUUGAGUUUCAGCUGCAUUUAGCAUUUGAUUUAGAAUUUUGCACUGCUGGCUUUGUAAAUUAAAUUUUGGCCAUCAGCAGACAAUCGGAAAAUGGAGAAUACAAAGCAGGAAGGCUUCCUUC